GUCAAUUAAGGAAUGCAAGCAGAAAUUCAGGAGAAAGUUCUUUAUCCUGGUAGUGGUGAGAAUGUGGAGCAUGUGACCACGUGACAAGUUGAAAAGCAUAAAUGCCUGCUUGGACCAGGACCUGGAGCUAAAUGUUCCUUGGCAGAAUACAGAAUGGACAUCAGUGAGCAGGAGGUUGGAGAACCAACUAAAGAGGAGAAAGCAGUGGCCAAGUACUUACGCUUCAAUUGCCCAACUAAGUCAACCACCAUGAUGGGCCACAGAGUUGAUUAUUUCAUUGCUUCCAAAGCUGUGGACUGCUUGCUGGAUUCAAAAUGGGCAAAAUCAAAGAAAGGAGAGGAAGCAGUAUUUACAACUCGAGAAUCAGUAGUUGACUACUGCAACAGGCUUCUGAAGAAACAGUUCUUCCACCGCGCAUUGAAAGUGAUGAAAAAGAAGUCUGAGAAGGAGAUCAAAAAAGAGAAAGGGAAAAACGACAGCAGUAAGGACGAGGAAAAGAAGAGCAAGAAAGAAGUCUCAAAAGAUGAGAAGAGUAAGAAAGAGAAGAAAAAAGACAGUGAAAAGGAAGAAACUAAGAAGGAGAAAAAGGAUGAAGCUCCAGGAACACCAAAGAAAAAGAAAGAGACAAAAAGAAAAUUUAAGUUGGAACCACACAAUGAUCAGCUUUUCCUUGAUGGAAAUGAGGUAUACGUGUGGAUAUAUGAUCCUGUUCAUUUUAAGACAUUUGCAAUGGGACUAAUAUUAGUCAUUGCAGUGAUAGCCGCUACACUGUUUCCUCUGUGGCCUGCAGAAAUGCGAGUAGGUGUUUACUAUCUUAGUGUUGCAGCAGGCUGUUUUGUUGCCAGUAUCCUCCUCCUCGCUGUGGCUCGUUGCAUUCUCUUCCUCUUAAUCUGGCUCCUCACUGGUGGUCGGCAUCAUUUCUGGUUCUUACCAAACCUGACGGCGGAUGUUGGUUUCAUUGACUCCUUCAGACCCCUGUACACACAUGAGUACAAGGGCCCCAAAUCAGACUCCAAGAAAAUAGAUGAGGAGACUGACCCCCAGCAACAGCCACAGCCUGAAGGCGAUGAGGGAAAUGAGGUAGAAGAGGAAGAGACAAAAGUAGAAACAGCAACAGCAGAAGAGGCAGCAGGCAAUUUGGUUAGGGAACAGCAGUCAGACACAGACAGUGACCGAAGGGACGAUGAUGGUUCCCAGCAUAGCAGCGGCAAUGGGAAUGACUUUGAAAUGAUCACUAGAGAGGAACUGGAACAUCCCACAGAUGAUGAAGAGGAGGAGGAGGAGGAGGAGGAAGACGACGACGAAGAGGCCCAGCCAUUACACAGUAAGUCGUAAAACAGGAUAAUUCCAUCUCCAGCAACCGAGCAUGAGUAGCUGAUGUUGAAAACAGUUCCACACUGGGAUGGAGACAUGGACCCGGCCCACUGUGGAUGCCACGAUGAGAUAUUGUGAAAUGUUAAAACUGCAUGAUAAUCAUAACAUUUUAAAACUCCCUCAUCCCAGUCACAAUGAUCAUAAGCCACAAUAUUUCGGCAGAGGAGUUAGAGGUACACUAGGAAAACUUGUUAGCAUCAGCAGAUUUCUAUGGCAAGAUAAGUUAUAUUCCACACCACAGCACAUACAUCAUGAUCUUUCAAAAUUCUAAGACUAAGACAAAGCCAAACAAUGCAGUGGCCCAAAGAGUUACAUCUGCAAUAUCAUGUCUGUGUAUAUUCUUACUCAGCUGAGACAGCAGGCCUUAAAUUGGUGCUGGUGUUUGCCACUGCUUGAGGAGGUCAGUAGUGUUUGUUGUAUUGCACUCUGUUCCAGGCUCACAUGCACCUGUACAAAGCUGGUGUUGUGUACUGGAAUCCUGUAGUUUUGGUACAUUGCCUGCAUGUUGGAAAAUGGUGCGAAAAGAUGAGGGACUUGUUGCAUUCAGGCAAUUGAUACUUAACACCAAAAAGAAUCCGGUGAAGUUUGGAAAAUGUGCAGAUGAAAAGCCACUGCUUUCCACAACACACUUGACCAGAAAUCAGCUACUAGUGGGAAACAGAGCCAUAUCCAUUGCUGCCAAGCAAAAUUUCUGGCAUGUGGUUGCCUUUUAACAAAGCUUUUGUGGUGCAUGGUGGCUUAUAAAACUAGAAAAAAAUGAUUAGAAGUGGCCCAGUCUGUGAAACAGGAUACAGCUGUUCCUUGAGCAGCUGGAAUCUGAAAAUAACCCAUUAAAACAUCUCAAUCCAGAAUCAAGCACUAAUGCUUUGUGUAAUUGUGUAAAAUUCAUUUGUUCAGUUCUGUCAAUUGUAAGGUGACUGUCAAAUAUCAUAGAAUAAGUACAGAUACAUAUUCUGGUAAUGGACAGAACAAGUUCAGUGUAUGAAGGUAUAGUAUUUAACAGAAGGAGGACCUUACUAUGUGCCAAUUUUAUGCAGGCAUGCACACAGGAAAAUAUGUAAUAGUUUAGAAGUUGGCUUGUUAAUACUCCACCUCUUCAAGUUUAGAUUUUGAUAUCAUUACACUAGGACCUUGACUGUGUUACUGAGAAGCAAAUAAAAUGGUUGAGAGGUACACAUUCUUAGCUUUGUAAGGAUUAUGCGGAAGUUACUUUGUAAAGGAUCUGUUUCAAUGGUAUGAACAUUAGCCUUAAUAUGAUCUUUGCAUUACAUGUAAUUGAGUGUACAACCAGAAAGAGGAAGAUGUUUCCAUAAGUGUCACAGAAUCUUUAGUCUCUUUGAAUGGUUUGAAAAAACUAGAGAAUUUAAGGCAUGCAGACAGGAAGCUUGCUGCAGCUGUAAGUAACAUUGUUUUAUUAAUCUAUAUCUUGCAAAACAAUCCCUAAUUUCACAGGUUUAUUCAACUGAUCUCUCAAUGCACAAUGCAUUUAUUUUACAAGCUGAAAUAAUUUAUACCUCAUUAGAAAUCUGUUGGAAAACGUUGAGUCAGAUUCAAGCCUUCCUCAUUAAACCUCUGCCGCAUUAUUGGUAGUCUGAAGGAUCGAGUUAAAUGUGGAAUUUAAUUGGUUUCCAGCAUCUGCUCGUCGUGCAGUAAUUAACCGAUCUCCGACAUUUCACAGUCACCCGAGUGUGGACCACAACUUUGUAGUUAACUGUUUAAUUAACCGAAUAGCACAGAAAAAAAAUACUUGGUAGUGUAGAACUUUUCUAUAUUCAUAUGCUUUUCCUAAUGAGAUGACAAAAGCAUUUUUUCUGUUAUCAUGUGUCUUUCUUGGAGAAAGAUUUGCCAGUGUGCCGGUGGUUUUCUGGUAGUGAGUAUCUCAACCUGCUCUCAAAUGGUAUUUUGAGUAUUUGUACAUCGUAUAGUGUAGCUACAGGUCAAUGCUACUUCACAUAUUUCACCAGAGAGAGGGGGAGGAGUGGUGGAAGGAAUGUUUGCU